UAACUGGAUUAAUUACUUAUUGUUUAUUUUAUAUAACUUUUAGAAAAGCGUGACACCUACUACAAUGUAAGUGACAUUAAGUUUCUAAUAAUUUCUAUAUGUACUUCGAAUUAAAUGAAACAGUUUGUUCAGCAUUCGGAGCAUAAACAAUAGAAUAACGACAAUACAAUAGAAUGAUGAUUUUAACAACCUGCCACAUUAUCUGAAAAUUAUGGAAGGGUAUAUAAGUAAACAAUCAUUUUCUAUAUCUGUUUUGUUUGCAGACAGUGCCCGUUUAGAAUGUUACCGAAAUUAGUGUUGUUUUUCUUUAUUACCUCCCUUUUAUUAUAUUUUGUGAAAUGUGCUGUCGUUAGUGAUGACACAGGCAACGAGUUAAAUGGGCGGGCGAUAGAUGCUAAGGGUCUCCUGACAUCACUGGCCUCCAACUUCAUUUCGCCCAGAUAUGGAGUCACAGCAGCAGGGGGAAGUUCCCAAGUUGUUUCACUGAACUUAACGAAUCUAUUCGUUUUAGUCCUUCUAAAAGCUUUAAUAUUCGCCGCUGGUUCUUUAGGUGCUGGUACAUGGAAAGGAGGUCUUGCCAGAAGCAAUGAAGGAGGAGAAACAAUACUUUCCGACGAAGAAAUACUGCUAUUUUUGGGAUAUCUUAGUGGUAGACCUGGGGAAAAUGGUUGCCUUCAAAAGAUUUCCUGUAAACAACCGGAACAAGCCAAACGUUACGUUGCUGCAGGUGAUAUGUUGAUAAAAGCUGCAAGAAUGUUCACUUUAGAUCCAGAUCCUUCGUACGAUUAUGUUUUACAAGAGGUCGACAAUGCUGCUGAGUUGGGCAGAAACGGGGGUGACUGUGAGCAAUUUGUCUGUGAAUCUAAUCACGGGAACUAGUUCUAUUAAUAAUUGUUUUUUAGAAAAUAAGUAAUUAAAAUUCGUCAAA